UUGUACUGUGGUGCGUCCGUCGUUUCACAGUGUUUGAAAUGAAGUGGCGGGCUAGUAUUUAUAUGUAAAAGUUUGCAAAGCCGCACAUUUAACAUAAAUCAGACAAGUACUUAAAAGUGCGUUUUAAAUGUAUAAUUCUUAAAGACUGGUUGAGAUGGGGAGGGUCAAUUUUUUUGCUCUCUGGUCCUUGCGAGACGCACCCCAGCAAUUCAUCAGUAAAUCAAACCGUCUGAGCUACCGGGCGCAGUUACCUUUGCCUCUGCCAAAACAGCUCGUCGUGUUCAGCCUUGGAGACUGGAAGUCGUAUUCCAGCGAUACCACCAUCUCCGUAGAGGUGCUGGUCAGCCCCGAUGUCAAGCCACAGAAGAUUGGUGGUCUUUCCUCAGAAACAAGGUGCCUGGUGUGGGAGGGGGACUGGAGGCUGGACCUUCUGACCGCUGCAAUGGAGCAGGCAGAUCUUGGGGUCUCUGGGAAAAUUGUGCUGACCGUCAGUGGGAAGGCCAAAGCUAGCUUCACAAGCAGCACGCCGAUGUCGUCACGGAAACGCCUCAGUCUGGACUGGCAGGCCUCCUCACAACAGGUGGAGACCUUUGCUACAAAGCUUUACAGAGGAGGAACUCGGCUGAGCCCUGAACCCACAGUGUGGAGAAAGAGUAGGAGCCAGAGUACAAGCUCUGCAGAGCUGAGCAAGACACGGUGCGAGACCAGAGACUGCUCCCCAUUGAAAAAGCCGCCAGCCCUGUCAAUGGAUCAUGCACCUAAAAAUACAGUUUUUGGGAAGAGAGUGCUCAGGAACUCAAGUUCAGGAGAGCUUAGCAGCUCCCAGAAUUCCACUGAAGAUCCCAGCCUGAGGAAGAAGCGCUGUGUGCGAUCAGCAUUGCGAAGCGAUGAAGAGAAAACAGUGUUGUGCUUGAGGAAAUCUGGCAAAGCAAUUUGUCCCAGUCCGCGGUGGAGUCACACGAUGUGCCUCAGUGACCCCGAGACUGCAGUUCUGAUCGGAGGAGAGUCAAAAGAGCAGACGCACUGCAAGGACUCACUUUGGAAGCUUGAGAUUGAUAAUGACUUUUGGUUUCCAAUGGACUCCUCUGCCUCAGGCCCCACCCCACCCUCCUCGCUUGGUCACUCUGCGACAUAUGACCCCGAAUCCAAGAAAAUAUACGUCUUUGGUGGCAUGAAAGAUGGGAAACGUUAUAGUGACAUUUACAUCCUCUGUACCUUGACCUGGAAGUGGUCUCGCAUUGCUGCAAAAGGCAAAGUUCCAACGCUGGCUUACCACAGCGCUACCAUUUACAAGAAGGAACUGUUCGUCUUCGGUGGCGUCUAUCCCAGCCGCUCUCCUGAAGGCAAGGCCUGCAGCAACGCCCUGUACAUCUUCAAUCCCGAGUAUGAGCUGUGGUACCAGCCCAUCGUUGAGGGAGACAAGCCCCUGCCAAGAUUUGGGCACACUGCUACCCUGUUGAUGAAUAAGCUGAUUAUUUUUGGAGGGAAAAAGACUCCAGCCUAUCUGAGUGAUCUCCAUAUAAUGGAUCUAGGCUUCAUGGAGUACACAGCUGUUAAGUAUGAAAACACUCCUCCAGUGCCUCGUGGAUUCCAUGCAGCUGUACCAGUGUCUGAUUACAAAAUACUGAUCAGUGGUGGCUGUAGUACCAAUGGGGCCCUUCAGGACAUUCAUUUAUUUAAUUUAGAAAGCUGCACUUGGAGUUCUGUACCAUCGCCAGCGCUUAGUGCAGUACCCCGGGCCGGACACAGCAUGGUCAAUCUCGCCUGGCCACACCUCACUGAUGCGGACAAGCAGAGGCAGGGGAACAGGACCUGCUGUACUAUCCUUGUUUUCGGUGGCUCCGACUGUGCUGGAAACUUCUACAACGACACCCUCAAAACCGUUGUAGAACUAGAAACGGAGAGCAAAAAGCCAUGUCCUUAAUAUGCGAUGUUAUGAACUUAAACAUAAGUGUUUGUUUACAUUUAGCAGCAGAGAUUGGAUUUGGGAGAGUGAUUAUUUUUCCAAUUUUUGAAAUUUUGAAGUUUUUAAGAGCAGGUUUUGGUGUGUAAUUCAACAGACCAUUAGAUUUAAAAGCAGAAAAUUAGUUUUUAUUUUUUUAAUUAUAUAAUCUAUAUUUUGAGCCUUUUUUUUUUUUUGCAGGGUAGACAAAUAUCUUUGAAUUUUUGUGCCAGUAGGUUAUAGAUUUUAGGAUGGUAUAAAAUGGCUUACAGUGCUCAACAUUGUCACUUUCUUGCCUAGCAAUUUGUUUUUGUGAGGUUCAUAGAUAUGGAGUCUGUCUGAAAGGACUGAAGUGUAUAACCUUACUUUCUGGCAGUCUGAAGUCACUUUUAUACUUGCUGUAAAUCAGUUGGUAUUUUUCAACUCUGAAAUGCACCUCAUCUGGGAAUUGGGGACUUUUUGUUAAGAUAAUGUAGCACUGUUAAAUCAUUUUGAAAGACUUGUUUUCACUACCAAGCCUUGUACCCCUAAUAGUAAUAAACCUAAGCAAAAAAAAAGA